CCUGUGGCAGUAGCCCCGCAGGCCAUUGUGUCACACUUGGCCGCCAGGGGUUUUUUCCAGGUUUCUCCCCCGCAGGUGCCCUCAACACCAGACUGUGCCAUGGCGGGGGGAUGCUUCAGCCUGUGCCGGCUGCUCCGGAGGAACAGGAAGAACAGGAGAGGCCCUGGAGCUGGCCCAGCACAGGAAGCAGAGGAGGAGGUGCAGCACUUCCAGCCACUGCAGCAGGAUCCAGGCCGGGACCGCCCAGAAGAGCAGGACCGCGCCCGUGGCCGCUUGCGCAGGGCAGUUCAGAGGUUGCUGAAAUUCAUGGGACUUCGGCGCAGAACAGCCACGACCGCACCGCCCGAGCUCCCGGCACAGCCUGACACCAGCGCAGCCGAGCUCGAGGUGGAGCCAGAUGUCAGCAUUGCACUGAGUGACUGUGCAGCCAGCGGUGACACUGAUUGUGCAGUGCUGAUUGUGCACGGCAUUGACACGGCACCUACGGAUGUCGGGGCCAAGGCUGAUGCCACAACUGAGAGCAUCGCAGACACCGACUGCCUGCCCAUGGACAGUGUGACUGAUGCUCCCAGUCUGGACAUUUUGGAGGAGAAAACUGUCUCCAAUGUGAAUGAAGUGCCAACCAGUGUCAGCCCCAUCCACCAGUGGCUCACGUGCCAGGAGUCUCCAGAGGUCAGGCCGCCCAUUGCCAUCCGCAGGCUGGCCCACGCACACCCUGGGCACGUGGUGACGACUCUGCUGCACUGUGCCCCAGCGUGUGACAGAGCUGCUGCAAUCCUGUGGAGGACCAUCGCCUCCUCGGUCACCACAGCGCACAAGGUGCUGCCAACGCUGCUCGGGGUGAUGGAGGACUGGCCACUGCACAGCGUGUCCACCUCCGACGGGGACCACGUGGAUGUCUUUGCCCUGGCUGCAACCCUGGCCCUGUGGCUGAUGGUCCAGGAGCCCCAGUGCCAAGAUGCACUCUUCGUUUAUGCCCCUCGUCUCCUCCUGGCUCUGCUCUGCCAAGUUUCAAUGAGCACUGAGCAGAUGUCACAGGAGGUCAGCACCUUCUGGAGGGGAUGCCAGGAGCUACACGGCCUUCCCACCCACCCCAACAGCUUUGUGGUGCAGACCAUCCGGGCCCUGCUCUGCCGGCUGCAGUGGGACCAGGAGCUGGUGUCAGUGGAGCGCAAGCGUGGCUGGGACGCGCUCCUCUCUGCUGACACCCACCACUACGCGGUGGGGCUGCUGGCCAGGGAGAUGCGCCACGUGUUGGUCCCCUCCUAUGACCCGCUGGCAAGGCACCUGCUGGGGCUGCUCAGCAGGGAGGGGCCCCGCUGGGAGCUGCCUGCCCUGGCCUUCCUUGUCGAGGUCCUCAACUAUUUGGACGUGAGCGCAGGUGAUGACAGCGUCCUGCAGAUCCUGGCAAGGCACCUGCAGAGCCAGUGCCCAGAGAGGCGGCGCCUGGCUCUGCGAGGGCUCCUGGUGCUCAGCAGGGAUCCCUCCAUGGUGAGAAGGGGGCAGGGGAUGAAGCCACACGGGCAGCCUGGGGCUGGAGAGGGCAGUGGCUUGGCCUUGGCUGGGCUUCGGGAGCUGUGGCAGCUGCUCACAGAUCUCCUGCCUCCCUCUCCAGCUGCCCAGGCCCUGUGGGACAGGCCUUUGGCCUCUGGGCCCCAGGGCAGCAGCGUGGGUUUGCACUGCCAGAGUGGGGUUGGUGGGGCAGCUGUUCAGGGCUUCCCAGCACAGCCUUCUGUUCCCCACAGGUAAAGCAUCUGCAGCCUGUCUGAGCCCCUCCUGGAGCUGCUGCGUGAUGGUGAUGGAGAGCUGGUCAGGAUGACCCUCUCCGUGUUCCUGAAUGUGCUCCAGGAUGGAGACAACACUGACGGGUUCAGCUCCACUGCCCCGAGGCUGGUUGAGGCGCUCCGGCCAGUCUUUGACAACGACAACAGCCACGUGCAGCUGCUCUCCAUUCGCCUCUUCCGAGAGGUGAUGGAGGUGCUGGCGGAAGAGGGAACAGAGCCCUGGGAGAUGCAGGUGCGCCAGAGCCUGUUCCCACUGUUCUUCCGCUGGCACGACGAGAACCAGCGCGUGGCAGAGGCCGCUCAGGAAGCACUGCUCUGGGCUACAAGCUUCCUCAAGAGGAAGGACCUGGAGCAGCUGCUGGAGACAGAGCAGCCCUUCAGAUUCUGUGACUGCCUGAUGGAAAAGGACAGGAGCCGAAGGGGCGAGCACCUGCAGCAGGCCCUGCCCUACCUGCAGAGCCCACAGGAGCCCCUGCGAGAGGCGGCCGUCAGGUUCAUGGGGCUCGCCGGCUGGCACAUGAGGGAGUGGCAGCAAGACCUGUGGCCAAUCCUCAAGGGUGAGUGAGGGCAGAGGAGCCUCCCUGGGGGCUGCCGGGGACCAGCACAGACCCUGGGCAGGGAGCUGCAAUCCCUGCCCUGCCUGCACAGGGCUCUGCUCCCUGCACACCAUGGCCACAGCACACACACAUGGCAGGGGCAGGGUGCCCAUUGGUGCCCAGCACUUUCCCGCUCAUCCUCUUGGCCCCUGCUCCCUCCUGGCUGUGCCAAGAGCUGCCUGGCAUGGCCCUGGCAGGAGGGGCUCCUGGGGUCCCUGCACAGCCACACUCUGACCCCGGCUCCCUUCCUCUCUCUUCCAGGCCUUACAGCCAUGAGUGAGGACGACUGCCCCUCCGUCUCCAACAUAAGAACUCAACUCGUCGACACUUACAGCCGUGCCAGGAGACGACCAAUGUCCCUGCAACAGCCCCGCAACAGCCCAGGGACCACUUCUCAGCGCGGCUGCACCUGCAGCUGAUGUUGGACCCAACUGAGCCAGCCUGCAAGGCCAGGCAGCUCCUGGCCUCUGCAGCCCCAGGGGCGGCUGCCUCCUUCCAUUCCCUUCUCCUGACCCCACUUCAUCCUUCCCCUUGCCCUGAUGUUAAUAAACCCUGGCUUUCUCCCCUUA